CCCUCCGCAGUCUCAUCCGCACGCUGCGGCGGGGGCGCGUCUGGCUUGCGGCGGAUCGAACCAAUCAAGCGGGGCGUAGCAAAUCCGGAGACUGCCAGAAGAAAACGAAAGUAUGUGUUGCGGGGACCGAUUUCUGUCACGAGCUCCCCCGAGAUUGGCUGAGACAAAUUAGAAGGCGGAGAGAGCGAGAGCGAGAGCGAGAAGGGGCUGGUGGGAAGCUGUUUCCUAGGUAAUGUUCGCCACCGGCGCCACCAGCUCUUCCCCCCAGCGUGCGCCUGCGUUAGAGAGGGAAAAGGCUCCUUUUCCUUAGCCGAGCCGGCACUCUCACCGGCUGAAGGUACCCGUGACCUGAGGCCCGGCAGGUGAUACGUGGCGACGGGGCUGAACAGGAAAAGCCGCUGCCGCCGCGGUUUCAAGGAACAGGAAGCGAGUUUGACUGCCGCCCCCACCCGCGCUUGUGCAGCUCUGACAUCCAGUACAUCCUUCCAAGAAAACCAAGAGAAAAGAUGGUUUGCACAAAUAAGCUUAAGCAGCCAGAAUUAAUUUGAAAGAAUUGUGAACAGAAAAGCAACAAUCCUGACUCCUCAUGUACAGUGGAUGCCAGUGGACAUAGCAUUAAGCUAGUGGCAAUGUCGGAUGACUUUAACAAGGCUUAGAAGGACAAUGUGGUUAUGAUAGUUAAAAUCUAUAAUGCCUCCUGCCAUGGCAGAUAUCCUGGACAUCUGGGCAGUAGAUUCACACAUAGCCACAGAGAGCUCAAUUUCUGUGGAUUGCCUGCUUCCCACUGGAAUUUACAUCAGUCUAGAUGUUCCUCGUGAUGCCACUAUUUCUCAUAUCAAACAGCUAUUAUGGAAACAAGCACACAGCUACCCUCUGUUUCAUCUUCUUCUGGAGAUUGAUUCAUAUAUGUUCUCCUGUGUGAACCAAACAGCAGUGCGUGAGGAGCUGGAGGAUGAAACCCGAAGGCUCUGUGAUGUUAGACCAUUCCUUCCUGUUCUUCAACUGAUUACAAGAAGUUGUGAUCCAGGAGAAAAGUUAGACUCUAAAAUAGGUGUCCUCAUAGGAAAAGGCCUUCAUGAGUUUGAUGCCCUACCGGACCCAGAAAUCAAAGAAUUCCGAAUUAAGAUGGGACAAAUCAGUAAAGAGAAAAUGCAAUCACUAGUGGGAUUAUCUUCAAUGGAUUGGUUAAAGCGCACAUAUCCACCAGAAUUAGAACUAGCAAUCCAGGAUAACAUCCAGGAUAAACUUUAUGGUGGCAAUCUCGUUGUGGCUGUUCAUUUUGAUAACUGUCAGGAUGUAUUUAGUUUUCAAGUGUCUCCUAAUAUUAACCCUAUUAAGUUGAAUGAGUUGGCAAUUCGGAAACGGUUGACUAUCCAUGGAAAAGAAGAUGAAGAAGUUGAUCCUUACGAUUAUGUGUUACAAGUUAGUGGAAGACUGGAAUAUGUCUUUGGGAAUCAUCCAUUAAUUCAAUUCCAGUAUGUCCAUCAUUGUGUAAUAAAUAGAACUCUUCCUCAGCUGACCCUUAUUGAAUGCAGCAGCAUUAAAAAAAUGUAUGAACAGGAAAUGAUUGCUAUAGAAGCAGCAGUAAAUCGAAAAUCAAGCAAUCUUCCUCUUCCUCUACCGCCCAAAAAAUCACGUGUGACUCAAAGCGUCUGGGAGAUUAGCCACCCUUUCAAAGUUUUGCUUGUAAAUGGCACUAAAUUGAACACAGAAGAAACUGCCAAAGUUCAUAUCCGGGCUGGCCUCUUCCAUGGAAAUGAACUCCUUUGUAAACCUAUCGUAAGCUCAGAAAUAUCUGGGAGAAAUGACCAUGUUUGGAAUGAACCCUUGGAAUUUGACAUCAAUGUCUGUGAUUUGCCGAGAAUGGCUAGAUUGUGCUUUGUGGUUUAUGCUGUUAUGGAUAAAAUGAAAAAUAAAAAGUCAGCCAAGACACUGAAUCCACCCAAAUACCAGACCAUGAGGAAAGCUGGGAAAGUGCAUUAUCCUGUGGCGUGGGUCAAUACCAUGGUAUUUGAUUUUAAAGGACAGUUGAAAACUGGAGACUUUCUGUUGCACAGCUGGUCAUCAUUUCCUGAUGAACUUGAAGAAAUGUUGAAUCCAAUGGGAACGGUACAGACUAACCCAUACACUGAAAAUGCAACAACUUUGCAAAUCAGAUUUCAAGAAUAUUCAAAAUUUCCUAUUUAUUACCCUGCUUUUGAUAAGAUACUUGAAAAGGCAGCUGAGAUUGCAAGGAACAGUGAUUCCUCUGGCAUGGCAGGUCGUGGUGGCAAAAAGUUCAACAUUGAGCUAAAGGAGAUCAUGGAAAGGGACCCUUUAUCUCAGCUGUGUGAAAAUGAAAUGGAUCUCAUUUGGACAUUACGAUUUGACUGCCGUGAAAAUUUUCCACAAUCCCUGCCAAAAUUGUUGCUAUCUGUGAAAUGGAACAAGCUUGAAGAUGUUGCUCAACUUCAGGCUCUUCUUCAGAUAUGGUCAAAACUGCCUCCUAGAGAAGCAUUAGAGUUACUAGAUUUCAAUUACCCCGAUCAAUAUGUAAGAGAAUAUGCUGUGGGCUGUUUACGACAAAUGAGUGAUGAAGAGCUUGCUCAGUAUCUCCUGCAGCUUGUGCAGGUACUGAAAUAUGAAGCUUUUCUUGACUGUGCUCUCUCCAGAUUCCUAUUAGAGAAAGCCAUGGCAAACAGAAGGAUAGGACAAAUGUUGUUUUGGCAUUUGAGAUCAGAAGUGCAUAUACCUGCAGUUUCUGUGCAGUUUGGUGUGAUAUUGGAAGCUUAUUGCCGUGGAAGCAUCACUCAUAUGAAAGUUCUUUCCAGACAGGUUGAAGCACUGAAUAAGAUGAAGACAUUGAAUAGCUUAAUAAAACUGAAUGCCAUGAAGCAAAGUAAAGCUAAAGGAAAGGAUGCGAUGUAUACCUGUUUAAAACAAAGAGCGUACAGAGAAGCCCUUUCCCAUCUCCAGUCCCCCCUGAAUCCUUCUGUUUUACUUUCAGAACUUUGUAUAGAGAAAUGUAAAUAUAUGGACUCAAAAAUGAAGCCUUUAUGGAUAGUAUACAGUAACAAAGUAUUCGGUGGUGAUUUGGUGGGAAUCAUCUUUAAAAAUGGAGAUGAUCUACGACAAGACAUGUUGACACUUCAGAUGUUACGUUUAAUGAAUUUACUUUGGAAAGAGGCUGGGCUAGACCUUCGACUGUUGCCUUAUGGCUGCUUAGCAACAGGAGAUUAUUCUGGCUUAAUUGAGGUGGUUUCUGCUUCUGAAACAAUUGCAGACAUUCAACUCAACAGCAGUAAUGUUGCUGCGGCUGCUGCAUUCAACAAAGAUGCUCUCUUAAAUUGGCUUAAAGAAUACAAUACUGGAGAGGAUUUGGAUCAAGCCAUUGAGGCAUUCACUUUGUCUUGUGCUGGCUACUGUGUAGCUACUUACGUCCUGGGCAUUGGAGACAGGCACAGUGACAAUAUCAUGGUCAGGAAGAAUGGUCAGCUGUUUCAUAUAGAUUUUGGGCAUAUUCUUGGAAACUUCAAAUCCAAAUUUGGAAUUAAAAGGGAACGAGUCCCUUUCAUCCUUACAUAUGAUUUUAUUCAUGUCAUCCAGCAGGGGAAAACUGGAAACACUGAAAAAUUUGGCCGGUUCCGCCAAUGCUGUGAAGAAGCAUACUUGAUUCUGCGAAGACAUGGCAACCUAUUUAUCACUCUGUUUGCACUGAUGUUAACAGCUGGGCUUCCAGAGCUAACAUCUGUUAAAGACAUCCAAUAUCUAAAGGACUCUCUUGCCUUAGGAAAGAGUGAAGAAGAGGCAUUAAAACAGUUUAAGCAGAAAUUUGAUGAAGCACUCAGAGAAAGUUGGACUACUAAAGUGAACUGGAUGGCACACACAGUUCGGAAGGAUUACAGAUCCUAAAUGAUAGAUGAAUUUGCACUAACCUUAAAAGUUAUCCUGACAAUAAAGCAUUAAACGUGAAAAAACAAGACUAUUUAAAAAGAGACCCAGGAAAAUUGCCUGAUGGAUUCCUGAUUAUUUUGCACUCUGCUUUGGGAAUGUGUCAACAAGAUUUUGCAGAAUCAGUAAUCGCUUCUGCUUGCUUUGCACACUGAACCUUACUACUAAACUUUUAUAUUGUUUUGAUACACUGUAAAUAUUUGGGACCUUUUAUGCUUAGGCAGGGUGCUCAAACUCUGCCUAGAUGGUUGAAGAUUUCUUGAAGAACUGGUUACUAAACAGCAACAAGUUUUCACGAUGCCUUUAAUUUUGCUUCAAGUGAACUUUAAAUGCAACUAUAUAUCUAUAUUUUUACUGCCAUAAACAUACAUCCUACUGUACAUAACGGCCAGAAUAUUGCACAGCAAAAAGCUGCUUAUUGCUUUCUACUGCUGCCAGAAGAGUGACCUCUAUACUAAAUAAUGGAAAAAUGUAAAGAGAUUAUCCCUUUUACUCUAAUGUUGUAUAAUGUUGUGUCAGUGUCACAUUUUAAAAAUUAUGUGGAGGGGGUAUGUUUGAAAUAAUUUUCAGCUGUUGGAAAAUUCUACAAAAUUGACUGCUGAAUAUCUUUUUAAAAAUCCACGGCAUCUGAAAUGUUGGAAAAAUGUCAAUAAAAGGAGUUAGCCUUUCAGUUUUCCACUGAUAGCCGUAACAGUUACAUUGUCCAUGCCAUGUAAUCUAUGUACAUGGAAAACAUGAAUUAACAUGAAACAAAAUCUCCUUACAAGAUUUAUAUAUCUCUUCCAAAAUCUGUGUUUGUCAAAACGAGUUUGUUUGUUUUAAUGCUAAAACAGCAUUUUUAAAAGGGACUUCAGCGUGAAGUCAAAUCCACCCUAUGCUGUACUCAGUGUCAAAACAUUAAAAAGGAAAAACAGAUGAAUUUAAAACAG